AUGUCGCUUUCGUUUCUGUUUGGCAAAACGGUCAAGCCCGAGGAAGUGGUGCGCAAAUGGCAGCGCGAGUUGCGCAAGGAGGAACGUAACAUCGAACGCUCCAUCCGCGACCUGGAGCGGGAGGAGCAGAAGGUGAAGUUGGAGAUCAAGCAGGCGGCCAAAAGAGGCGACCAGAAGACGGCACGCAUACUGGCCAAGCAGAUCGUGCAGUCGCGCAGGGCCAAGGAGCGCAUGUACAAGUCCAAGGCCGAGCUUCACUCCAUCUCCCUCGCCCUCACCCACCAACUGGCGACGAUGAAGGUGUCGGGCGCCUUGGCCAAGAGCGCAGCGGUCAUGCAGUCGAUGAACAACGCCAUCAAGCUUCCCGCCAUCCAGCAGACCAUGAUGGCCAUGGGGCGCGAGAUGGAAAAGAUGGGGCUGAUUGAAGAGAUCAUGGACGACGCACUGGAGCUGGACGAGGACGAAGAAGAUGAAGCCCAGGAGGAGAUUGACAAGGUGCUGGACAGCAUCCUGCUGGACAUCAAGCCGGUGCCGGUUCAGCCCGUGCCCGAGGCGGUCAACACACAGGAGGACGUCGACCUGCAGGCCCGCCUCCACGCCCUCUCAGCCGUCUGA